GUGACAACGGGAGCGGAUGGUCAUCCGCGCCCUGGCAGUGCGGGAAGACCAAGCAGGGACAGUCCCUAGGCCUGGGGGACCAGGCCCUGGGAAUCCAUGAAGACGACCGGCAGCGGGUCCUCCUGCUGCCGCCGCCGCUGCUGCGACUGCAGCUGCUGCUGCCGCGCGUCCCGCCUGGCGCGCCACGCACCGCGCGGGUCCGGGGAAGCGGCGCGAGCCCCCCAGCCCUCGCGGCAGUCUCCCGGCCUGGAAAGACGGCAUCCGGAGCCGGCCAGGAGCUGGGCAGCGGCGGCCGAGGAGGAAGAGGCGGCCGCGGCGGCUGCACCCUGGAUGAGAGAUUAUUUUGCAGAGGAUGAUGGGGAGAUGGUACCCAGAACAAGUCAUGCAGCAGCUUUUCUCAGUGACACUAAAGAUCGAGGCCCUCCAGCACAGUCACAGACGUGGAGAAGUGGUGACAAGAUCCCCUUUGGGCAGGCACGUUACCUGAGAGCAUUUGAAAAACCCCCUCAGGUGCAGACCCAGGCUCUUCGAGACUUUGAGAAGCACCUCAAUGACCUGAAGAAGGAGAACUUCAGCCUCAAGCUGCGCAUCUACUUCCUGGAGGAGCGUAUGCAGGAGAAGUAUGAGGCCAGCCGGGAGGACAUCUACAAGCGAAACAUCGAGCUGAAGGUUGAAGUCGAGAGCCUGAAACGAGAACUCCAGGGCAAGAAACAGCAUCUGGAUCAAACUUGGAGUAUGGAGUCAAGACGAAUUGAAGAGCUGAGUCAGACCCUGGCUUCUCAGGAGAAGCUUGUAGAACAGCUGUCUCAGGAGAAACAACAACUGCUCCAGCUGUUGGAGGAGCCAGCUAGCAUGGAAGUACAGCGACCCGCGGCGGCGAGUGGACGGCGAGCCCAGCCUGCUGGAAGGAGGACGUUGAGGACGCGGCGGCUGGGCUGGCGGGAGCGACAGCUGGCGGAGACAUGGCAGGUUCCGAGCGCGGCCCGCGCUGCUGUCACUCAGCAUCCCCCUGAGGCGUUUCUACGCCCGCGCCCUCCCCGAGGGGCGGGGCCGACCACUCUGGUACCCAGAGCCCGCGCGCCGGUCUUGGAAGAAGGGGCGCCCCUGCACGGUGGGGACCCCAGCGGGCUGUGCCAUGCCGGCGGCAGGCCACCGAGGCGGGAGACGGAGCGCAGCCCGGCGCCACGGCGCUGGAUCUUCCACACGGCGUCCAAGCUCAACCUCCAGGUUCUGCUCUCGCACGUCCUGGGCAAGGAUGUCUCCCGCGACGGCAAAGCCGAGUUUGCUUGCAGCAAGUGUGCUUUCAUGCUCGAUCGGAUCUACAGAUUCGACACCGUCAUCGCCCGGAUCGAAGCCCUUUCUAUCGAGCGCUUGCAGAAGCUGCUGCUGGAGAAGGACCGCCUCAAGUUCUGCAUUGCUAGCAUGUAUCGCAAGAACAACGAGGACUCCGGCGCGGAGACCAAGGCGCCCGGGAGUGGGACGGUUGACAUUUCCGGCUUACCCGAUGUGAGAUACUCCGCUUUGCUCCAGGAAGAUUUCGCCUAUUCAGGGUUUGAGUGUUGGGUCGAAAACGAGGACCAGGUUCAGGAGCCACACAGCUGCCAUGCUUCCGAAGGCCCUGCCAACCGACCCAGGAGAUGCCGUGGUUGUGCCGCUUUGCGGGUUGCUGACUCGGACUAUGAAGCCAUUUGUAAAGUGCCUCGGAAGGUGGCCAGAAGUAUCUCGUGCGCCCCUUCUUCCAGGUGGUCCACCAGCAUUUGCACGGAAGAACCAGCAUUGUCUGAGGUUGGGCCACCGGACUUAGCCAGCGCGAAAGGACCCCCAGAUGGAGAAAGCAUGGAGGAAGGGACCCCGGGAUCCUCUGUGGAGUCUUUGGAUGCAAGUGUCCAGGCUAGUCCUCCACAGCAAAAGGAUGAGGACACGGAGAGGAGCCCAAAGGAACCAGUGAAGUGUGACUGUUGCUCAGAUGAACAGGCCCCCCCGCAUAUGUGUAACCACAAGCUGGAGCUAGCUCUUAGCGUGAUUAAAGGCCUUGAUUAUAAACCCAUCCAGAGCCCCCGAGGGAGCAAGCUUCCCAUUCCAGUGAAAUCCAGCCCACCUGGAGCCAGGCCUGGCCCUAUCAUGGCAGAUGGCGUUAGUUCCGGUUUCCUUAACCGGUCACUGAGACCCCUUUACAAGACACCUGUCAGUUAUCCCUUGGAGAUUUCAGACCUGCAGGAACUGUGGGAUGAUCUCUGCGAAGAAUAUUUGCCACUCCGGGUUCAGUGGAGCCUCACAGCUAAAUUUGGGCUCUCCAGAGACUUGGACGCAGUUGCAGAGCUGGAAAAAGAACUGAGCAAUGCCAAAGAGGAGCUUGAACUAAUGGCUAAAAAAGAAAGAGAAAGUCGGGCUGCUGCAGAGAAGAUGGUACAAGCACUAAUGGAAAGAAAUUCAGAAUUACAGGCCCUGCGCCAAUAUUUAGGAGGGAAAGACGCCGUGGUGUCCCAAGCACUCAUCUCUAACCAACCAGCUGAAGUUACCUCCAUCAGCCCCCAUCUUGGAGAGCAGACUGAUCAAGUGAUCGAAGGUCAAAACGACACAAUGGCAAAGCUUCGAGAAAUGCUGCACCAGAGCCAGCUCGGACAGCUUCACAGCUCCGAGGGAACGUCCCCAGCUCAGCAACAGGUGGCCCUGCUUGACCUCCAGAGUGCUUUAUUCUGCAGCCAGCUGGAAAUACAGAAGCUCCAGAGGCUGGUCCGGCAGAAAGAACGCCAGCUGGCGGAUGCCAAACGAUGCGCGCAGUUUGUCGAGGCCGCAGCCCAGGAGGGAGAACAGCAGAAAGAGGCGUCAUGGAAACAUAACCAGGACUUGCGGAAAGCCUUGCAGCAGCUACAAGGAGACUUGCAGAGGAAGAGUCAACAGCUUCGCACCCUGGAGGCUGAAAAAUACAGUGAGAUUCGAGCCCAGGAGCAACACAUCCAGCACCUGAGCCACAGCCUGAGUCACAAGGAGCAGCUGCUGCAGGAAUUUCGGGAGCUGCUGCAGUAUCGAGAUACCUCGGACAAAACCCUUGAAGCGAAUGAAAUGUUGCUUGAGAAACUGCGGCAGCGAAUACAAGACAGAGACCUUGCUUUAGAGCGGGCUAUCGAUGAGAAGUUCUCCACUCUAGAAGAAAAAGAAAAAGAGCUCCGGCAGCUUCAUCUUGCUGUGAGAGAGCGAGACCAUGACCUAGAGAGGCUGCGCGGUAUCCUCUCCUCCAACGAAGCUACCAUGCAGAGUAUGGAGAGCCUCCUGAGGGCCAAAGGCCUGGAAGUGGAACAGUUAUCUGCUACCUGUCAGAACCUCCAGUGGUUGAAAGAAGAAAUGGAAACCAAAUUUAGCCACUGGCAGAAGGAACAAGAAAGUAUCAUUCAGCAGUUACAGACAUCUCUGCAUGACAGGAACAAAGAAGUAGAGGAUCUCAGUGCAACGUUGCUCUGCAAACUCGGACCUGGGCAGAGUGAGGUAGCCGAGGAACUGUGCCAGCGUCUGCAGCGCAAGGAAAGGAUGCUGCAGGACCUUCUGAGUGAUCGAAACAAACAAGCAGUGGAACAUGAAAUGGAGAUUCAGGGCCUGCUUCAGUCCAUGGGCGCCAGGGAGCAGGAGAGCCAGGUAAGGACGAACCCACAGACCAGAGGAGGUUCACUUAGUGCAUUUGUACUUUGCACGAUGGAGCUUUCUGCCCUCCAGUCCAUGGUGGCCGUGCAGGAGGGCGAGCUGCAGGUGCAGGCCGCCGACAUGGAGUCCCUGACCAGGAGCGUGCAGAUUAAAGAAGACCUCAUAAAGGACCUGCAAAUGCAGCUGCUUGAUCCUGAAGACAUACCAGCUGUGGAACGCCUGACCCAGGAAGUCUUACUUCUUCGGGAGAAAGUCGCUUCAGUAGAAUCACAGGGUCAGGAAGCUUCCGGAAACCGAAGGCAACAAGUAAAAAAGGAAGGCAAGGGAAAGUUGAUGCCUAAUUCAUUUUCCUUCCGUGUGGCCUGUUUAAUCAGCUCUGAGAGAGACCGAACUCUGCAGGUGGAACUGGAAGGGGCCCAGGUGUUACGCGGUCGGCUAGAAGAAGUUCUUGGAAGAAGCCUGGAGCGCUUAAGCAGGCUGGAGACCCUGGCCGCCAUUGGAGGUGCAGCUACAGGGGAUGACACAGAAGAUGCGAGCACCGAGUUCACGGACAGCAUUGAGGAGGAGGCUGCACUCAACAGCCACCAGCAACUCAUCAAGGUGGCUUUGGAGAAAAGCCUGGCAGCUGUGGAGACCCAGAAUGCACCUCUUCCCCCUCCUUCCCCGACAGGAGGGGAAGAUAACAGGGGUCUUCAGGAGGAAAUGCUCCACCUGAGAGCUGAGAUCCACCAGCACUUAGAGGAGAAGAGGAAAGCUGAGGGGGAACUGAGAGAGCUAAAGGCUCAACUGGAGGAAGCAGGAUUCUCCUCUGUGGCGCACAUCAGGAAUACCAUGCUGAGUCUUUGCCUUGAGAAUGCGGAGCUGAAAGAGCAGAUGGGAGAAGCGAUGUCUGACGGAGGGGAGAUCGAGGAAGACAAGGAGAAGGGCGAGGCCAUGGUGGCAGCCACGGGGGGUCUGAAUGAGAAGAGCCUCCGGGCAGAGCUCAGAAAGCUCCAGGACAAACUGAAGAACGCCUGCAACAUCAUCAGCCUCCUCAAAGAGCAGCUGGUGCUGAGCAGCAAGGAAGGGAAGAGUCAGCUUAGCCCAGAGCUCCUUGUGCACCUGGCCGGAGAGAUGGAUGGACUGAACACAGAGCCGGCUGGUUCUCCCGGGGAGCACCACCGCCAAGGAUUGGAGGGCACGACCAUGAGGCCCCGCCCUAGACCCCGGAGCCUCGACCUUGGGGCUGCCCUCGCAGCAGCCGAUACCCGCCAAUGUGAGGAGCAGGAUAGCCUCAGGGAGACUGUCCCCAUGGAGGGGCUGUGCUCUGAGCAGGAGUACCGGGGCUCGACAGUGGCCAGUCUCCCUGGGAAGAAGCCCCUGGAGAGCCAGCUACGGAAGCAGGAGGCGUUCCAGGCAUAUGGAAAGUCAGAGGACAUCUCUGUCCUCCAUAAGGACAUCAAAGAGCUGAAGGCCCAACUGCAGACGGCCAACAAGAUCAUUCAGAACCUCAAGAGCCGGGUCCGGUCCCUCUCGGUCACAAGCGACUAUUCGUCUAGCCUGGAGAGACCCCGCAAGCUGAAGUCCGUGGGCACCCUUGAGGGGUCUUCACCCCAUAGUGUCACUGACGAGGAUGAGGGCUGGCUGUCUGAUGGCACUGGGGCUUUCUACCCCCCAGGGCUGCAGGCUAAAAAGGAUCUGGAGAGUCUGAUCCACAGAGUGUCCCAGCUGGAGGCCCAGCUCCCCAAAACAGGCCUGGAAGGGAAGCUGGCGGAGGAGCUGAGGUCAGCCUCGUGGCCUGGGAAAUAUGAUUCCCUGAUUCAGGAUCAGGCCCGAGAACUGUCCUACCUACGCCAGAAAAUACGAGAAGGGAGAGGUAUCUGUUAUCUUCUCACCCAGCAUACAAAAGACGCAGUCAAAUCUUUCGAGGACCUUCUGAGAAGCAAUGACAUUGAUUACUACCUGGGGCAGAGCUUCCGGGAGCAACUUGCCCAGGGCAGCCAGCUGACAGACAGGCUCACCAGCAAACUCAGCACCAAGGAUCAUAAAAGCGAGAAAGAUCAAGCUGGACUUGAGCCACUGGCCCUCAGGCUCAGCAGGGAGCUGCAGGAGAAGGAGAAAGUGAUCGAAGUCUUGCAGGCCAAGCUGGACGCGCAGUCCCUCACACCCGCCAGCAGCCACGCCUUGUCCGACUCCCGCCGUUCUCCCAGCAGCUCCUCCUUCCUGUCUGAUGAGCUGGAAGCCUGCUCGGACAUGGACGUAGCCAGCGAGUACACACACUAUGAAGAGAAGAAAGGUUCGCCUGGUCACUCAGAUUCCAUCCAUCAUCCAAGUCAUUCUGCUGUACUGUCUUCUAAACCAUCAGCAACCAGUGCGCCUCAGGGGGUUAAGGCCGAACCCAGCAGCAACCCCAGCAGCUUGCCUGCUCCCCAGAAACACCCCCAGGAGGCCAGCCAGGCCCAGCCAGGCCUUCAUUUUCCCACCACACCCACGCUGGUUAGCCUCCCCCGGGCACCACUGCCCUCAGCUCCAGCCAGCUUCCUGCCUUUCGGCCCCGCUGGCCCUCCCCUCCUCGGCUGCUGUGAGACAUCCGCGGUCUCCUUGGCCGAGGCUCAGCAGGAGCUGCAGAUGCUGCAGAAGCAGCUGGGAGAAAGUAUCAGCACCGUCCAUCCUGCUUCCCCAGCUACGUUGCCAAGCAACCAUUUAGAAGCCAAGUCCUCCCACUACCUCCACCCUGCCCAGCCCCACUCUCCUCCGAGGGGCACCCUAGAGCUGGGCAGGGUCCUGGAGCCCAGGUACCUGGGCAGCAGUGGCCACUGGGAUAUGAUGAGGCCUCAGAAAGGGAGCAUUUCUGGGGAGCUAUUCUCCGGCUCCUCCGUGUGCCAGCUGAACUCCAAGCCCACAGGGGCUGACCUGCUGGAAGAGCAUCUUGGCGAGAUCCGGAACCUGCGCCAGCGCCUGGAGGAGUCCAUCUGCAUCAACGACCGUCUUCGGGAGCAGCUAGAACACCGGCUCAGCUCCACUGCCCGCAGCAGCGGACCCACCUCUACCUUCUACGGUCAGGGCCUGGAGUCCACACCUCAGCUGUACAACGAGAACAGAAUCCUUCGGGAAGAAAACCGGAGCCUUCAGGCUCAGCUGAGUCACAUUUCCAGAGAGCACUCCCAGGAAACGGAGCGCCUGAGGGAGGCUCUGCUGACCUCACGAUCCCGGCUUCAAGAGCUGGAAAUGGAGCUGGAGCGCCAAAAGGUGGACCGGCAGCAGCUUUUGGAAGACUUGAAGGAAAAACAGCAGGAGAUCUUGCAUUUCCAGGAGGAACGACUGUCCCUCCAGGAGAAAGACUCCAGGCUGCAGCAUAAGCUGGCCCUCCUGCAGCAGCAGUGCGAGGAGAAGCAGCAGCUCUUCGAGUCCCUCCAGGCGGAGCUCCAGAUCUACGAGGCACUUUGUGGCAGUUCCAAGAAGGGACUGAAAGCUUACACCUGGGAUGCCUGUCACCAGGUCCCUCUGAGCAGUGACUUGAGCCACCUGGUGACAGAGAUCCGAGCUUUGAGAGGGCAGCUGGAGGAGAGCAUUCAGGUGAACAACGGCCUGCGACUGCAGCUGGAGCAGCAGCUGGAUGAUGGUGCGGGCAAAGCCAGCCUCAGCCCCUCCUCCAUUAGCCAUAGCUUCCCAGCCGCCCCUGACCCUGGUCACAAGCAGCUCAUCUUCCAAGGUUCCGUUGCCUCCCCUCCGGUUCGGGAUGUUGGCAUGAACCCAGCUCUGGUCUUCCCCAGCUCUUCCGCUGCUCCUGGCCCAGAGACGGCCAUCUUCAAUAAAUCACCUGAGCUGGGUUUGGAUGCUUCCCCAGAAAUGAAGAACCCACCCAAGCUGGAGGGCGAUGCUACUGACGGCUCCUUUGCCAAUAAGCACGGCCGCCAUGUCAUCGGCCAUAUUGACGACUACAGUGCCCUAAGUCAGCAGAUUGGGGAGGGCCAACUGCUGGUCAAAAAGAUAGCGUCUCUCGCGAGAUCAGCCAGCAGCGUCCCUGGCCUUGAAGCUCAGGGCACAGAGGUGCCAGGCAGUGAAGGUGUCCACGAACUCCGGAGCAGCGCCAGCGCCCUGCACCACGCGCUGGAGGAGUCAGCCUCCCUCCUCUCCAUGUUCUGGCGAGCGGCCUUGCCAAGCUCCAGCGGCCCUGCGCUGUCUGGCAAAGCGGGAGAGUCCGUGAAGAGGGAACUCCUGGAACUGAGAACCCAACUCUCCAAACAGGACCGCCUCCUGCAGAGCACAGCGGAGCGGCUGAAGACCGCCAACCAGCAGAAGGAGUGUAUGGAGCAGUUCAUCUUCAGCCAGUUGACCAGGACGCAUGAUGUUCUGAAGAAGGCCAGGACUAAUUUGGAGAAGAACACUUACAAGAUUGCCUCUGUAAAGCCUUAUUCCUGUCCCAGCAAAGGAGCCACGCAAGAAGCGAAGCCACCACAGGUCCUUAAAACAGCAGGAGGGGUGGGCCUGCCCGCCCUUCACGCAGCUACCUAUCUGCUGAGGAGAUCUCGGCCCUACUCCUUACCUGCGGGAGGGUCUAGAGGAGCCAGAGAAGUGGCCUGGUGGGGCAGAGACCCUUUCCUGCUCUUCUGCCAAGGUCCACCUGGCCCGGCACGAAGCAAACGCAUAGUUAGUAGAGGACCUGUGACCCUGCUUCUAACCGCCCCAGGGGCCUGGAGACUAGUGACAGCACAUCGCUCACCUCAACAGCUCUCCUAA